UUUCUGCUUUUCUUUUUUCUAAAACUUGCAUAUCUCACAGCUUUGCUUCGUAAAAGCUAUUGAUUCUUACAAUAACAUCAGGUAAACAAAAGAAAGAUGGGUGUCAUAGAAUUCACUUAAAAUAGCACAUUUAAGAUGCCACCAAGUCUGGCACCUAUCACAUUCAAUCCAGUUUCGUUUGCCUUUACUUUCUUCCUCACCACAUCCGAUGCAAAUUGCAUACGACUUUUCAUCUUCACUGUCUGAUGUACAUGUAGUAUUAAAAGAAUUGGACAGGGAUAUUUUACAUUGAUUUGUGUUUUUAUGGUUGUUUGCUGAUUACAAUGCUGGAAUGGAGUAAUAAUAUGGAACUUUAAAAUAAGGAAAUGUCACACUUUUGUUGAGAUGAACUUCACUACUUAUAAUUAUUUGAUUGGAAAAGAAUAUGACCUCAUCUUAAGAAAAAGUAAAAACUGUUCUUUUUGAAAUUUGAUAAAAAAAGAAGACGUUUCAAAGUGAAAACAGAAAUACUGUUGCGUAGAAAUGACGCAAGAAAAUGGUUUUGGGUUUACUGGGAUGAAAAACGGAGAAAGAGAAAAUGGUGGUGGAAGAGAAAAGCUGUUUACAGACAAAUUCAAAUCAGUAAACUUCACUCAAUGUGAUAUUGUUUCCUGGAAACCUGAACAAUCUUCUAUAAGUCACUGGUACCAGUCUCCUGUCUUAGAGGAGGGAAACAACAUAUCAUCUUCAGAGAGAGGCUAUAAAAAUAGUAGUAUUUUGAAUGUACCAAAUGUAAAGUGCAAAGUCACAGUUUCAAGAAAUUUGGUGUCAAAUGGAGUUAGUAAAUUAAAUAGAAAUUUUCAUCCUGCAGAUUAUUUGCAAAAGCACAUGACGGAUGGAGUUUUAGACCCAGUCACAUCAGCUAACAGUGAAUAUGAUCAAAUUCCAUUAUUUGAACAAGGGUCUAUAAAUCAGGGAGAAAUUUCUAAUAAUACAAAUUCACAAAGACAUAAGCAAGGUAAUGAAUUAAAGCAAAAAACUGUAACAUCCAGAAGAAAAAGUACCAUUCCUAUACGUAGACCAAGGCAAAUUACUACUACCGGUAAGUGUGAUGAAGAUCUUCUUGAAAGUGAAGUAAAGAAAUAUUUAUUGAAAAUUCCAUCAUGGAAAACAACACUUCCAAAUACAAAUUCUGAAAAAACAAAGAAGUCAAACUCCAUUACUGAAUCUGUUGAUGUUGAUGCUCAUAUAGAGGAUGUAUCAGAAUCGUAUGUUGACAUUUCAGAAGAUAAAAGUUUAGUGGAUACUUACUCAGAUAUUGGAAUAAUUCGGGAACAUGAAAAUUCUGAUUCAGAAAAAACUGAGGAAGACGUUGAAAAACAGCCAAUGCAUGAAAAUUUAUUAAAUAUUCCAUCAUAUACAAAUGCAUUUAAAGAAGGUAAUACAGAUAAUGAUUCAAAAUCUAAAAACAAAACUAAAGCAUUCAAACCCAAGGAUAGAGUUGUUUGUAAGCUAUGUGGUAAAUCUUUUGGCCGACCAAGUGAAUUACGAAGACAUUCUGUUAUACACACUGGAGAAAGAAAUCAUAAGUGUGAAGAGUGUGAAAAGGUAUUUACACAACGAUAUCAUUUGAUUCGUCACGUUAAAAAUGUACAUAAAAAAGAACUGGAAAACUUGGUCUGUGGUAUUUGUAAUGAUACAUUCAACAGUGAAUAUUUAUUAAAAAGGCAUGUCACAAGGCAUGGGGUUAUGACGUAUGCAUGUGAAGUUUGCAGAAAAGAAUUCAAAACUAAACGUCAAAUGAAAGAACACAUACUUAGUCUGCAUGCUGGUGUGAAACCGUUCAAGUGUGACCAGUGUGAUAAAAUGUUUACACGGAAAUAUCACUUGGAGCGACAUUUAAUGAUGCAUGCUGGGACAAAAGAUUACCAGUGCGAAUACUGCGGGAAAGAAUUCAGCACCAAAGGGAAUUUAUUAUCACAUGUGAGAAGAGUACAUUUACAAAUUAAAGAAUAUACAUGUGGAGUUUGUCAAAAAGGAUUCUUUUCACCAAAAGAUUUACAAACCCAUUUUAAAACGCACACUGGAGAAAAACCAUAUCAGUGUGAUAUCUGUCUGAAAAAAUUUACUGAGAAAUCCAACAUGGAGUGGCACUUACGAAUUCACUCUGGUGAACGGCCAUACCAGUGUGAGUAUUGUGAGAAAACCUACACACGUAUGCCACAUCUACUGCGACACAGAAAGGAGGGCUUGUGUGCAUUAAGGGCACUUAAAUUUAAACAUUCUAAAAAACUUAAUGAUUUGAUAAUGGAUGAAGUCGAAAAAGAUCCAAAUUUCUUGACGAGCAGAGAUAAAAAUUCAGAAUUGACAUCUGAUAGCGAGACUGAAAACAUUUAUACAGCAGAGAAAAUCACUGAUGAUGAAGAGUCAAAUGCAGAGUUAUCUCCCCUGGUCAGACAUAACUAUUCAAAAUUAAAUGAAACUGAUAGUGAAUCAACUGACGAUAAUUAUUCCUCUGAUGAAGACAUGGAAGUUAACGGAGAUUAUAGAAUGGAGGAUAAGUGAAUCAACUGAUGAUAACUAUUCCUCUGAUGAAGACAUGGAAGUUAAGGGAGAUUAUAGUAUGGAGCAUAAGCAUGUCUCUCACAAUGAAGAAACAGAUUUAAAAAAGCUUAAAUAUAAAUCCAAAUGACAAAUGUUAACUUAAUUUUGUAAUAUAAACAUUAAUUUUUUAUUUCAUUGAUGAAAAAAAGAGUAGUUUUGCCUUUGAUCUGACCUUGUGGUCAUAAACAUUUGGAGCAUGAUUAUUAUACUUCAGAUUCUGAAUUCAACCAAUUAAAAUUCUAGAUUUGGUAUUUCAAGCACACAUUUUGUACUUCUAGUACUGAGUAAAAUUUUAUAAGUAAUGCCCUGAUGUAGUACAUGUACGUUAUUUUUGUAGUUACCGUUAGUAUAUAAUUUAUAUUUUGUUGUCAAUUUAUUUUCGUAAACAAUGAAAUUUAUAACCUCACAAAAAAAAGUACAUUUAUAGUCCUAUCUUAAUUUAUAAGUGAUUACAAAUUUACUGAUGGUUUUUGAAGACACUAUUUUCUUUAUAUAUUUUGUAUGCAAAAUAUUUCCAGGUUUGUUGAAAGUUAAUAUACCAUAAAGAUAUAUGAUCUGUGAUAGUGUGAUAGCUUUCAUUAAGUCAUGGAAGAUAACUCUAUUACAUGCAUGGCACUCACAUUUGUAAUGUGAUAAAUUAAAUAUUCUUUUUAUAGUUAUCAUGAAAAAUAUUAAAUUGUUAAUCAUGUUCAGUUCUAAAUUCACUGUUGUCAGAGUAUGGUUUACACCUCAUAUUUUUAUGGUUUUGAAACACUAUAAUCAAUUUAAUAUACACACAAAUGAUGAAUUAUGAAUCUCUAUUUUUAUGUUACAUGUUAGUUUUAACUUUCUGUUAACUUUGCUUUAGGUAAAUUAUUUGGACUCUAUUCAAAAUGUGUAUAUCAAGCAUCAUGUCAUUUUGCACUGGGUAAUGAGAACAUUUGUGUAAAAAUCCUAAUUAAGGUAAAUUUAUUUGUUUUUUAUGAUUUUUUUUGCCACUGUUAAACAAUUAACUCUUAUAAUUAUUUUUUUAAUGCCUGAAUGAGGUUGUUCAAAACUUCCAAGGACUACUACAGUAGACAAUGGUAGAUGUGAUCGGGCUUAUGACAUUUGCGCCGAUUUUGAAAUUUUCAUUCUUUCAUUUGCGCCGAUUUCAUUUUUUCAUUUGCGCCGAUUUUAUACUUGCUCCUAAUUAGAUUUACAGGUAAGUUAGAACUUGUACAUGUAUUGUCUAUUGUCAAAACACAGAUCGAGCAUAACCAUGUGGUAGAUGUCCUAAAGACAGAUGCUAAAGAACUACGGAUAUGGUUAACAAGGAAAAAAAGUCUGGAGAUGUAUCUUGUAGGCCUUCUUCCACCUCCGAGUGGUGAGCAGGGGACAACAGUUAUAUACAUGUUGCGGUUGACAAUUCAUUACAUUUGUACAAGUGGCAAAUGGAAGAGGUCUAAAAUGAUAAAUGAAAAACAACAUGACUUCGAUGGAGAGUUCUCUCAUUGACACUCACAUCUUCUUAUAUCUAUUCACCUGUAAUUUACCUGUAAUAAAAUCGGCGCAAAUGAAAACAAAAAUCGGCGCAAAUGAAAUGCAGAUCGGCGCAAAUGCAAAACGCCGAUGUGAUCUGGCCUACUUAAGAAGUUGUAUAUCAUGAAUUAAAUAUUUUCAGCUUUAAAGAGUUUAACUAUCUUGGUCUGAAACUAUAAUUGCCGUCCCUUAAUUUUCGUUAUA